CGGCCUCUGAUCUAAAACGCGGCCGUAGAAAACCCGAAGCAACAAAUAGCAGUUGCACCUUGAAAUUGGUAACUGCGAGUUUAUCGCAACGCCGCCUCUUCUGACGACACUCAGCUCUCCUCUCCUGUCCCCGCCCGCCCCGCUUUCCCUGUUGCUCUUAUAUUAAAUGUUAAAAAAAUAAUUACUGACUUAAUACUCUCAUUUAAUUAUCAUUUAUAUGAAUCCGAUUCUUCGUAUUCAUCUUUUCCCCAGCAUCGAGAAACUGCAGUUGCAUAGAGAGAGAGAGAAAGGUAGGGGUAGGGGAAAAGAUGGUGAAAUUAGCGGCAGCUGUAAUAGUGCCGUUGGGCGUUCUCUUCUUCCUCUCUGGCCUCGUCAUCAAUCUCUUUCAGGCGAUAUUUUUUGUCCUGAUAAGGCCACUAUCCAAGAGUACGUACAGGAGGAUAAACAGAGUGUUGGCAGAGCUACUGUGGUUGGAGCUCGUUUGGAUAGUUGAUUGGUGGGCUGGAGUUAAGAUUCAACUCUAUACAGAUUCUGAAACCUUUAAGUUGAUGGGUAAAGAACAUGCACUUGUUAUAUCUAAUCACAAGAGUGAUAUUGAUUGGCUUGUUGGAUGGGUUCUGGCUCAGCGAUCAGGUUGCUUGGGUAGCACUCUGGCAGUCAUGAAGAAAUCAUCAAAGCUUCUUCCGGUCAUUGGCUGGUCCAUGUGGUUUUCUGAGUAUCUUUUUCUUGAAAGAAGCUGGGCCAAAGAUGAGAGCACUUUGAAGUCAGGGCUUGAACGGCUAAGGGAUUAUCCUCUGCCCUUUUGGCUAGCGCUUUUUGUUGAAGGGACUCGUUUUACACAAGCAAAGCUCUUAGCUGCUCAAGAAUAUGCAGCAUCAUCUGGGUUGCCUGUUCCUAGGAAUGUUUUGAUUCCCCGUACUAAGGGUUUUGUUACAUCUGUCAGUCACAUGCGGUCAUUUGUCCCAGCCAUAUAUGAUGUCACAGUUGCUAUUCCCAAAAGUUCACAAGCACCAACAAUGACACGACUCUUCAAGGGGCAAUCUUCGGUGGUUCAUGUGCAUCUCAAACGGCACUUGAUGAAGGAUUUGCCAGAAACAGAUGAUGAUGUUGGUCAAUGGUGUAAAGAUAUUUUUGUGGCCAAGGAUGAGUUAUUGGACAAACACAAAAAACAGGAUACUUUUGGUGAGCAACUGUUGAGAGACAUUGGUCGCCCCAAGAAAUCACUUCUGGUGGUGGUCUCAUGGUCUUGUCUGCUGGCUUUUGGGGUCUUGAAGUUUCUCCAGUGGUCAUCACUUCUUUCGUCGUGGAAAGGUCUCACACUUUCAGCAGUUGCCUUAUUGGUGGUUACACUUAUGAUGCAAAUUUUGAUCCGGUUUUCUCAGUCUGAGCGCUCAACUCCUGGUAAGGUUGCUCCAGGAAAGCCUAAGAAUGGGGGAGAUUCUUCAGUAAGUGUACAAAAGCAGCAAUGAAACUCAUCAUCUUAUCAGGCCUUAGAUAGAACUUGCGACUUCAGCCUUCAUUAUGAUAGAAACAUGUGGCAUUUGUAUCAUGUAGUCUAUCAUUCCAUUUUAAAUUUGUAUUUUUUGACGGUAAGCUUGUCUGGGACCGAUUUUUGUACGAAGAUAGACAUCGUCUGCAUAUCAAUUGGUGAAUUGCUUUCCAACUGGGCUGAUCU